ACGUUUUAUUUUUGCUUUUCUGUGUGUUUUUUUUAAAUGUCACUUUUUCCUGCUUAUUCAAAAGACAAUGGAACUAAAGAUGAAGUUAGUCAUCCAACCUCCUCUUCAACAGUAUCAAACGAUCAAAACAUCUGGUUGGAAAACAAUAGUUUUGAUAUAAAAACACAAGAUUUGACAACAAUACAAUUUAAGUCGCGUCAAGUGGGAGUUGAAAUAUCCGAUGAUUCUUCACAGAGCUCUAGCAGCAGUGAUGAGGAUGAUAAAAAUAAAGAGCACGCUUUAUCUUCCAACGAAGAGGAUGAAAGUAGAAGUAAGAGAUUUAAAAAAUCCAAAAAGAAACACAAGCAUAAAAAAUCAAAUAAAUCUUCAAAGAAACCUAUUGAGCCCCAGUUGGAUUUUACGGGCCAAGAAGAAUUUUAUGUUGACAAAAAUAAGGCGAAACAGUAUAACACCAUAAGAACAUUGCACAAACCUGCUUGUCCCAGAUAUCGCGUGUAUUAUUAUACUUUGGGCAGAAAUUAUUACAACUCUGAGAAAACUAAACCAAAGCGUUAUUAUCGCUUUCGCGAUGAAUGUGGAAAAGGAACACAGAAUGUGUUAAAUUCUAUAUAUGCCUUGGAGGAGAAUGAAUACACUUCAAAAAUGGGUGAAUUAAAUCGCAAAACUAUGGAAAAAUGUCAAGAUUUAAACAGUUGGCUAGAGCUAAUUGCCCUACAAGACAGAAAUCCUUACAAAUGGUCUCGCUUAAGAGUGGCCGAAAAGAAAAUCGAUUAUAUACAAAAAGCUUUAAUUUACCUGCCCAGUCAAGAAGAGUUGUACAGGGUGUAUAUUGACAUUAUAACUCAAGUCUAUACUUCUCACGAUGUAAGUAAAAUGUUGGAGCCUUUACUAGCCAAAGAUCCCUAUAGCCUCAUUUUAUGGCAGGCUUUGAUAAUGUGCACUCAGGGCACAAUGGCGCGUUGUACAGUACCCGAGGUUUUGUGUAUCUAUGAAAGAUGCAUGAAGAAAAUGUUUCACAAUCAUAAACAAACCGCAACUACACAAGUCAGCGAUGCUGUCAUGUUGGAACUGUUCUACAAUUGCUCUUUGUUUUUAAGGCAGUCGGGUUUAUAUGAGCAAUUCUUUGCUCUUAUUAAACUCGCUAUAGAGUUAAAUAUAGCAAUAAGUUCUAAGCUUUUAGAAGAUCUGCAGCCUCGGGCCCAGGAUGAGCAAACCUUGUUGGAAUAUGAGGAGAUUAUAUUGCAAUCCGGUUUGCCUAUGAAUGAAAUCUGGCUGAGAAUUGAGAAACUAAGGCAGGGAUUUAAUUUUCUGCCCUACCCGGGUGACAAUGCGAAAUGUAGUGAUCCUCAGCGUAUAGUAUUUAAUGAAGAUAUUUGUCAUUAUGUGUAUCCUUUAAAGUCUCAAGAAAACUCCUUCAAAUUAUUAAUAACGAUUUUAAAACUUAUGAAACUUCCCUUUAUCAGCAGUCACACGUUAGCGGCUCAACUGCAAGAUGAUACAGACGCCAUAGAAGAUCAAUUGGCUGUUUUUACAAAUCCCAAUUAUAUUUGCUCCUGGGACCAGCAGGAAUUCUUCACAAGCCUAUUUGAGUUAAGUAAAGAAAUGGUAAAUACACCCACCUAUCUUAGUAGCACUAUAGCCCAUGAGCCAUAUUCUCUGUGUUUAAAAAAUCUGUUGCUAAAUUGUGCCCAAUCUUAUGAAAAUAUCGAUGAAAGAAAGAGAUUAAUAUUUCUGCAACUAUGGUGUCGAUUUGAGCGUUUUCUUUUAAUAUUAGAAAAACUAAACAAGAAACACUCAGUGGAUUUUAUACAACAAACACGUAAACGUUUUAAAACUCUGCUCAAACAGCGCCAGAACCGCAAUUGUCUACAAUUGUAUGUGGAAUUUGCUUUGUAUGAAUACGAAGCCGAGGCUACCGCCGAAAAUAUAGAGAAUAUAUUUAAAAAUCUUCUAGAAGCCUAUAAUAAAGAAGAAAAUCUACAAUCUGAACUGGCCUACGUGUACAUGACAUAUGCUGAAAUUCUGCUGAAAUGGCAGCACUAUGAAAAGGUAUCUCAAUUGCUGUCGUUAUACGCACUUAAUCUAGAUCUUUCCCAGCUGGAGAGCAUUACAAAUACUAAAAAACUCUUGGCCUUAAGUAAACUUAAGGAAAAACUAGAACUCACCAUAAAAAUUGAACAAAAUGUGGAAAUAAUGUUACUUGAGCAACAUUUUAUGAACGAUUACACUUUAAGCCAAAUAAAUAUCUAUUGUCUACUCAGCUAUACUGUGCAGCAAAAGCAACAAUCUUUAGAAUAUUUACAAAAGCUAUUGGAAAUAUUUAAAACAAAAAGUAAUCCGCGUCAUACAUACCUAAGGGAGCAUAUUUAUGAGAUUUACAUAAAGAUAUUACAACUCCCUAAAGGUAAUAGUUAUGUAUCUCACAAGCUAAUACAACAAACCAUCUACAGUGGCCUCCAAGAAUACCCCAACAAUUUGUAUUUAUUACAAAAAUGGGGCUGUCAACAGUCUAUGCCGUGGUAUAAACUAAGAGCCGGUUACAUUAAAUUAAAUCCCUCCAUUAAAUCGGUUGUUUAUAUAAUAGCUUUGGCACGUUGUCGUUUUAUCAAUACUCUGUCUUCAGCUUCUAUCUCUAUUGAACGACAGCCUUUAUUUACUAACGACAGCAAUGAUCUGCAUUAUCAUGGGAUAUUGGUGCGUCAGCGUAUUUUAAAUCUAUUUAAAGUUUUAAUACCCAGCGACACAACGCAAAACUCUUCAACGUCCUUGAGUUUGUACUCAUCUUUACAGCGCAACUCCUUGUUUUGGCGUUGCUAUCUAAGUUGUUUGUCUGAUCAGAAUUGUUCGUUUGAUUUGAGUCAAAAAUGUUUACUCACCGCCUUAGAUGAGUGUCCCUGGAGUAAGGCUUUGUAUUUGGAUGGAGCUACGUAUGUACCGCAAGAAUUGUCACAUUUGCAGGAUUUAAUAAUUGAAAAGCAAUUGAGAAUAUAUGCUUUGCCCGAAGAAUUGGAGAUUUUAAGGGAACGUUAAUAGAUUUAUUGUAAUUUAAGUUAUUUUCAGUUUAAAAUGGAAUGUGUAUGUAAAUAUGGAUACGUAUUUAAAUAAAAUAAUAUUGCAAAAUA